GCUCAGCGAGCCAAUCCGGUGCUUGUUUAUUUAGAGGAGCGUGUGCUGUGCGCAGCGCAUAGUGUGAGGCUCUCAGGUGGACAGUUCAGGACCGCUCUGGUAGAAGUACUGGGACUAUGUUUAGAAGAGUUGUUGGAAAGACGCUGGGCUUACUGGGGUAUGCCAUCCAGUAUGGCUGUAUAGCGCACUGUACAUUUGAGUACAUUGGAGAAGUAGUCAUAUGUUCAGGACCCUCUAUGGAACCAACCAUACAGAAUUAUGAUAUUCUGAUAUGUGAAAACUUAAGCCGACACCUAUAUUCAAUUCAUAGGGGCGAUAUUAUAGUAGCGAAAAGUCCCAACAAGCCGCAAAUUAACAUCUGCAAGAGGGUAAUUGGAUUGGAAGGUGAUAAAGUCUGUACCAGCGGCCCAUCAGACCUCAUCAAGAGGCACACGUAUGUUCCAAAAGGCCAUGUCUGGUUAGAAGGUGACAAUUUAAAAAACUCCACAGAUUCUAGAAUUUAUGGCUCGGUCCCCUAUGCCCUUAUCCGAGGAAGAAUUUGUUUUCGGAUAUGGCCUUUUCACUCUUUCGGAGUACUUCAGGAAAGUCCCAAUGGCCGACCAUUAAAAAAUGAUUGAUCAUAGUGGUAGCAAUUUUAAUGUUUUUAUUCUUUUCUAGAUUUUUAGUUAUUUAUGUAACUUAGGAUGAUUUCUAAUAAAUUACUUCUGAAAUUUU